AUGGAGCAACUCAAAAACACAGUAAUGCGAGGCGGUGAAAAAGAGGAAAAGCCUAUCGGAUGGACAUUUUGGAUAACUACUGUUGGUAUAUUAACUACAAUUGGUUCGGCCGUUCCAGUUGGAUAUAAUAUUGGUGUAACAAAUAGUUUAUCAAGUUACAUAAAAGAUUGGUGUCAAGAAACAUUUCUUGAAAGAUUUGAUAUCAGUUUAACUGAAGAAUCAUUGGAUAUUAUUUUUGCUGUGAUAGUUUCAAUAUUUCUUAUUGGUGGCGCUAUUGGAAGUUUAGGUGGAGCAUGGGUCGCAGAUCGUUUUGGAAGAAAGGGCUCCUACUUCAUAAGUGGGAUAUUAUUAAUGAUUGGUUCUCUUCUGUUUUAUUUUUGUCGACCAUUAAAAUCUAUUGAAAUGCUUUUGUUAGGAAGAUUAAUAGUUGGUUUGGCUGCAGGUCUGUGUACCGCUUCCUUGCCUAUGUAUUUGACGGAAAUUGCUCCAUUAGCCUUACGUGGGGCUUUAGGAACAUUUUGCCCAAUUGGUCUCACAGCUGGUAUUGUGAUUGGACAAAUAUUUAGCUUAAGAUAUACUUUUGGCACAGAAUUACAUUGGCAUUGGGCUUUGAGUGCUUACAUACAUUUAGUAGUUAUAGGUUUAUUUUUCGUUUAUUAUUUUCCUGAAAGUCCAAAGUACUUGUAUCUUGUAAAAGAUCAGCCGGAUGAAGCAAAAAUGGAAUUAUGUCGACUUUUUAAUAAUAAUAUGAAAAUUGUGAACGUUGAAUUAGAUGAAAUGAAAAAUUAUAAAUUAAAGAAUACAAAAAAAAGUUCCGCAAUCAGUGUUUUAAAAAAUCCAGAACUAUUUUUACCGUUAGUAAUUGUCUGUGCUUUUACGGGAGGUUUACAAUUAUCAGGAAUUAAUGCUAUAUUUUAUUAUUCGGUACCAAUCUUUAUAAAAGCUGGUUUAAGUCAAACCGAUGCGGAAUGGACUAAUUUUGCAGCUGGCUGUUUAAACUUGAUCAUGUCUUUUUUUGGACCUUUUCUCAUGAAGAAUUUUAAUCGCAGAACUUUGAUGAUGUUUUCCACUAGUAUUGAUGCUGUGAUGCUUUUCACUGUGGUAAUUACUCUACAUUUUAUUAGUGAAAAUUCUUGGAUUCCUUAUGUGUGUAUUGCAGCUAUAUUUGCUUACAUAUUAUUUUUUCAAUUUGGAUUGGGACCUAUCCCGUACUUUAUUGGAUCAGAGUUGUUUGAAACUGAAUCUCGCCCUGUAGCAAUGGCAAUGGGUAGCCUUUCUUCAUGGUUAUGCAAUUUUAUUGUUGGUAUAACAUUUCCAACUUUACAAUCAAUUUGGGGUGCUUUUGUUUUUAUGCCUUUCUCAUUAACAUGUGUCUUACUCUUCUUCCUAACUAGAUAUUAUCUACCAGAAACAAGAGGUCGUGAUGUGUCUGAUGUAGCUAGAUCAGUAUCAAAAGGUUUUAGAUCGAAACAAAUCUAA